AUGGCUAUCCGCGGUUCCGACAGAAAGGGACCGAUAGUAGACAGUCCCACCGACUGUAAAUCCGAGACUGACACCAUUCCUCUAAGCCUCACACCAACUGAAAAUUACCAAAAAACCGAUAACCCCGGAGGUUUCAAGGUCCAACGCCCUAGGAGGAUUCGAAAACGCAACAGUGGCGCUGGGUUCUGCCGCGAAGCCUUCUACCUCUUCUGUUCCUGCACCACGGUUCGUGGCAUGGGCAAGCUGAGCAAAGGUCCUCGCUUCCUGCGAACAGCUUGGUCGAUUUUUGUGAUCUGCACAACCUGUCUUCUCAUCGUCUCUGUCCUCUUGCUCAUCCUUGACUUUCUCAAUUACGACGUUGGAGUACACACACGUCUCCUGCUCGAUGACCCCUCACCCUUUCCGGCCAUCACAGUUUGCCAUCACUAUCCCUUCUCUGACGACGCUCGCCGACUCUGGAAGGAGGGCAAGAUUCUCUCACCGGGGCGUUUUAAUCGCUACCUUCGUAAUCUCACACUCGGCUACCUGCUGGAAAAUGAUGUCUCGGCGGCAGAAGCCAUCUCUUUUUAUGACAGCUUGAGCGUCUACUACCAGAAUCUGCGGCCGGAUGAAGCAAAGUCGCUGGGGCACAAUUAUGCCAUCUUCCUAAACUGCAUGCGGGUGGGGUCACAUGUGAGUUACUUUGAGGACGACUGUUCUCUGCUGAAUGGUUAUCGGAUCCGGCAGUUUUCGCAUCAUCAGUACUUGAACUGUCACACCUUUGAGCCGACAGAUUUGGCUGGUUCGGAGGAGACCUCCUUUCUGAGUCUCAUCAUUGGCAUGGGUCCAAAAGAGAGUAGCGAGGAUGACGAGCAGGCCUUUCUGCCGGAUGUUUUCGAACAGGCAAAAGGCCUUCGCGUUGUAGUUCACGAACCUGGAACGUAUCCAGAUCUGGAAAAGUUUGGUUUGCACGCAGAGCCUGGAAAGCUAAAUGAAAUCGGCUACGAACCUCGACGAUGGACCAAAAAGAAUACUCCCAAACGACCCUGUUACAGUUUCAACGCUUCGCGUGCAUACAGGGAUCUGGACCAAGUCUACAAUUACACCCACGAACAGUGUCUGCUUCUCUAUCAACAGAAGGAAAUUAUUGAUGAGUGCGGUUGCUAUUAUGUCAUGAAUCCACGGCCAUCUUUUCCCUCUGAUAUAACACCGUACUGUGGCCGUAUGUGGCCCAACUUGGACAUUAAGAUGUUCACCUCAAGGCUGGCUUGUCUUCAACGAAAACUAGACAUUAGUGUGAAACGUAAAUACGAUGGUACUGUCUGUCUCCCGCGGUGUGAAUACUACACCUAUGAUACGACCAUUUCGAUCACAAAAUGGCGAGCCAAAUUUUGGAAUCUCUACUGGUUGCGAGUGCAGAAUCGAGCAGUGCGACUGGCGGAGCAAUUUGUUCGACUCUAUCCGCACAGAAACAUUACGGAAUCUAUGGGCUAUAAAAUGUGGCGAAAAUAUUUAGUACAGCAGGACCUACGAAAUAUUCCAAAAGAGGCAGAACUGAACGACUCCCUGCGACCACCCCACAUUGUGCCCCUGCUCUCCGAAAAUAUGAGAAAUCAGCUCUAUCUGGACAAUGAAAGCUUCGCCUACAUAAUUCUCAAACGUAAGUCUCCCAACACGAUAGACAAUACGGAAAAGCUGGUUCUUACGCUGAACGUCCUAGCCUCUCGAAUCGGCGGUCUGUGUUCCGUGACCAUCGGUAUAACUGCCGCUUUCGUCAUCGAAGUGGUUGAAUUUAUCUAUCUGCUGAUUCAGAGGAGAAAAGAAGAAAUGCCUUCUAUUGGAGAAUCUGAUAAGAACGACGAGAAGGAGCUGGAUCCGACUGGGAUGAGGGGCAAACCUGGACUGAUUUGGGAAAAUGGACAGGCCAUGGAUUUGGAACCACAGUCUCCUGACAAAUGUGACCUAGGCUAA